CCUAACAGUAAUUAUGUGCGUUUAAGAUUUCAUGAUUCAUUGCACCACCUGUACAUUUAUGGAAUGGCUGUAAGCCAUCAUUACUCGGUGGAACUCGACAGUCCAGUGGCAAGUCCGACAAGGAGCUCUGUGUGAGUGCAUGAUGUUGCCAAGAAUACUUCUGGUGCCACUGUUGGUGUUGGUGGCUGCAGUGGUCGUGACUGCUGAUGUGUAUCAAGUUGAGAAACACGGUUUUGAAGCGCCAUUGGUGUUUUUUAACUUCGCCACGGAAAAGACACCUUUAACUGAAGAGCCAUCAGAGGAGGAGUGUGAUUGGGAGUUGGACACAGAGGUCUGUGUUCAGAAGCUGCUAGAAAUAGAGGGGGACAAAAAGAUAAAGGGGGCGUGGGAGAGUUUAAGAGCAAGGCGUCAAAACCAUACGUCAUUGUGGAAGGAUAAUUUGGAUUUGUGGAAGACCAUGAUGUCUAAGGACAGGCAAAGGAUGGGUGUGCUGAAAGAAACGAAAGACAAAGAACGGGAAAAAUUGGAACGGAGAUUGAAAGAGAAGCUAUUAAAGAUGGAAGAAGAGGAGAAGAAAGAGGAAGAAGACCAGGAGAGGAAGCUUGAGGAAUUGCCAGGGUUGAGUGAAGAUGAGAUAAGACGUAAGUUAGAGGAAAUCAAAAGGAAGAUAAGAGAGGAGUGGCAAAAGAAAAUAGAUGAGCUGGAACUAACGAUGAAAGAGAUGUUGGAUCAAAUCUGAUGGGUCAACGGAAGAAACAGUUGCUGUUAAGAAGAACAGGAAGAGCUAUAUUAACUGAAAUACAUCAUUUGAUAAACUUUAGAUGAUGACUUUAUUAUUUGGCAUAUUUUAAUAAACACUAUUUAUCAAGA